AUGGAUGAGGGUGGAUCCAAGGAAGAAAAGUCAGGAGCGGAAUUAGAGAAACUCAAGAAACUAAAAUUACGAGAGAAAUGGAAACAACUUUGCGAAUGUGAGGAAGUAGUCUCAGCUGAUACGAUAAAUGCAAUUGGCAGGAUAACGGAUGAUGUUAUUGCUGCUGAGGACAAUGCACCGAGUACCGAUGAAUUAGACGAGGAUCUCGAAAAUGAAUAUGAAAAGUUAAACGAUCUUCUCGAUUUAUCUUACGAUAGUUAUUCGCUUACCGCGAUAAAAGCAGAAUUACCAGCUUGUAUUAAAUACGGCAUACGUUCUGGCUUAACUCAUUCGAACAUGUUGAAAUUUUCGCCAUUUUCUCGGGGUCAUCAGGGCGGCGCUAUAGCAAUAGCUGCUUUCGCAACGACAGCGAUAUACAAAUCAAGAUGUUGGAACGAGUCUGUAAUAGAUCAGAUAAUCGAGGACGGUGAUACGUUUUAUUGUGAAUCAUACAAGGAUGUUAAAACGACUGAUCGUAGGCAUUUAUCGAUAUUAGAUUUAAAAAGGAUCGUAUGCGUUCAAAAAAAAUUUAAUGUUCAUGUAACAAUCAAGGAUCCAUCUUACGCGGGAAAAUUUCGUUCUCACGAUCCAACCGAAUUGCAUUCGAUCAAAGCGUUAGAACUUUUCUUUAAAAGGUACAAUUCGGGUAUAUUGACCUCGCCUGUAUUAAAUUUGGCAAUUUGGAAAGAUCCAAGAUAUUUCAGUAUAUUCGAUGGUCAACCUAGAAAGGAGAAUUGCGAGCCAGCUAAAGAUAACGAAGAUGGUUCGGCAAAAUUAUUUUUGGUCAAGGACUUGAUAGGAGUUUAUUUUAUAAUACUUGAAAAAAGUAAUGUUAAAAAUGAACCAUUCGUAAUUUAUCCAAUAUCUAUCAGCGGUAUUCUACCAUCCUCUUUAAUCGAUGUUUUGGACGAACCAGAAAAAUCUCUUGGGAAACCGCAAAGACGACCAAGUGGUUAUAAAAUUCAAGAGAAAUUCCGUGCUGUUAUUCAAGGAUCGUAUCAUUUGACGCAUCCUGUAUUACCGGAGAUACUUCGUGGCCGUGGACAUCUUAUAAUUGCACUUGCUGCUAUAAUUUAUUCAUGUUUGGUCAAUACGAACAAAUGGACUACCGCUCUAAUCGACUUGAUAUUCAAUCAGUCGAACAUUUAUUUAAUAGAUCUUGCCAGAGCAUUGAAUAAAAAUUUAGCCGACGAAGAAUUCGAAUUACGUUUGGACGAUGUAAUGGGUGAUUUGAUAUUAGGCGUUUAUUCGGCCAAAAUCAAAUUACAACAAAACAUAAUCCCUGGUUCUGGGAAAAAGAAGGGUAAACUUGCUAUAGACAGUGGAAUACGUGAAUUCUUUGCUACCCAAAGAGCAGGCAUAUUGGAUAUUAAAAAAUUUUAUUAUGCUAUUUGGAAGCAAAACGAUACGUAUUAUUUCAUGGAUCCAUUUGCUUGCGACGAGGAAGGAUUUAGAAUAGAUUAUAGCGUUGAACGAAAGAAAAUUAAUGGUGCAAGAGAUGCCGCAUGCGUUACCAUGAAUAGUUCGAUCAAUCAAAUGGUCGAAACUAUUUUAGAAAAUACUCUUAGCAAAGACAAAGAUCCAUUUUUCAUUCAUGGUAUUAAGGUACUUUACGUGAAGACUGGUACGGUACACGAGGGUCCAUUUGAAAAAAUAAUAUACAGAGAAAAGGAUACAAAUCGUAGGCCCUUGGCGCCAUUGAUUGAAUCGUCCAAGGAAAUCGUUGAAAAAAAAUUAGACAUGACACCUACAGUAAGAUACGAAUUAGACAAAUAUUAUGACGCCGAGACACAAUUUCCAGAACUAAUGAAAAAUGCAAGUCAGUAUAUGCUUAGAGAAGAUGAGCCAAGAACUUUUGUAACAGCUGAUAAACCAGUAACAAAAAAGACAGCUACCGAUGUAGACGUGGACGAGGAAGAGGAAGAGGAAGAAAAAGAAGAAGACGAAGAAGAAGGAAGAGAUAUCGAUGUUGAAAAAGAUAAAGUAGAAUCGAUUAUAGAUCCUGAAAUAAAACAAAUUACAGGUUAUAACGUGGUAAAUCCGCAUCGUUUAAUAGUUCAAGGUACGAAGAACUGUUUACAUCCUGAUUAUAAAAUUCGUCAUAGAGGUAGACAAGGUUUAAUAAUUGCUUUGGUAGCAUUGGCAUAUAGAAAAUUGAAGGAUCCAUCAGAAUGGAGAAAUAUAGAUCUCGAUCAGAUCGUAGAUAUAGGUAAUAAGAGUUACGAAGAUGUUAUCAAUUGGAUAAAGGAUGGUAAACCCAAAUUGAAAGGUGAAAAAGAAGAGGGAAGAAAAGAGAGAAGAUUGGAUGAGGGAGAAGAGGGAGCCGAGGAGGAAGAGGAGGAGGUAGAGGAGGAGGAGGAGGAGGAGGUGGAGGAGGAGGAGGAGGAAAAAGCUGCUAAAAUUUUAAAAAUGUUACCGGCACCAAGCCAUUUGGAUUUAUCUAUGCUACCAAUUAGAUUAAAAUUCGCCGAGAACGAUGUCGUUUUCAAAACAAAAAUGAAUCUAAUCGCCGGUUAUGCGAAUCCUCUUGUAAACUUGGCCGAGGCAUUAGAAUGUUAUUUCAAUGAUUACAUGGAAUUGAUAUUGGAAAAUAAAAGACUUAUGUACGGUAUAUGGAAGGAAAAUAAUAAAUAUUUUUUAUUUAAUCCUUAUGGCAGCGAUGAGGAAGGUUGGAGAUUACUUAAUUAUCCUGCGUCAUUUGCGGUCGUUGAUACGAUUAAGGAACUCACCGAUAUUAUUUACGGUAUAUUGGAGUAUAAUGAGAAUGAUUUUAUUAUUCAUUUUGUUUCAUUGGAUUCGAUUCAACCUGGUAAAUAUACGGCGACGGAACAGCACGUUGUAAUUCCCGAUGAUAGUAUGAUGAGGAAGUUUAAAACUAAUUUCUUACCGGUUACCGAUAAUGAUCUCGUGCAAUUAGAAAAAGAUAAAUUAUCAAAGGAUAUGCAAUUGGAGAAGGCUACCGUUAUGACAGAAGAAGAGGUAAAAGGAGCGGAUGAGGGAAAAGAAGAAAUGGAAGAAGAGGAAGAAGAAGAAGAAGAAGAGGAAGAAGUUGAAGAGGAGGAGGACGAGGAAGCUUUAGUCGAGGCACAUUUAAAAGCAUUGGAAGAAGCCGAAAAGAAACCUAUUAUUUGUCCACUUUUGGUAAUAGAGGAGAAGGAUCAACCCGAUGCGCCUUAUCGUUUAAACUUAAUAUUAUUAACUGGUAAUGUUAAAAUACAAACCGAGGAUGAAUUUACACAAAAGAUCAUACAUCCCGAAAGGAUAUUAGAAAAAUUCAAAUAUAUUCAUCCACCGCCAUACGUAAUGCCACCGAAGGGAACGCUUUGUACUCUUUUAGAUGCAAAACAUGCUAAGAGAUCUAUUCACUCAUUGGUCUCUAGAUUCUCGAUAGAUUCUAAAUUAGAAGUUAAAAAGAAAAUUGACAUUUCGGUGGCCAAUUUACAAACUAAAGUACACGUAUUACCUCUCCCGGAUGAUUCUUAUAAGCCAACGAAAAUAAUCAAACUUAACGAUAAGAAAUAUUUUUAUUCGCGUGAUUUAUCGAUUUGUUUAAUGCCACUUAGAGCGAUUAAUGAUAUAUACAUUCACGAUAUCGAUCUGGAAAAAGAAACCACUUUAAUAUCGAAAGAUCAAGGCGACGGUUAUGUCCUUGAAAAAAUUCCUGAUAUACCGGUAGGAAUACGUAUUAUGCCGGAAUUAUUGCCACUUGGUCCUACCAUUAAAACACCGAUUUAUGUUGAAAGAACAAUAACUUGUAACGAAAGGAAGAAACGUAAGUGUUUAUUGACGAAAAGUGAAAAAGGAGAACCUAUUAUGGAGAAAAUUAUAUGUGAUACUGAAAAUGUCCUCUUCGAAAUGCUUUUCCAUAAUUAUAAACCAUUAGAACAGGUCAGUUAUUACGAUUAUAUUGGAAUUAAUUAUUAGAUUUUUGUAUAGACUUGAGUAACUUAUUUUUUUCUUUCCUAUUCUUUAUCUUAGGA